GCCGAAAAUCCCAUCACUGGUUUCCUCAACCUCUUCCGGAACCAGGAAUUUCGGGAACAUUUUCUUCUCUGAUCUUCAACACAGAAGAUCUGAAAAGAGCAUCAAUGCUGAACUGGACCACCUCCUCUCUCCUGCUGGUUCUGAUUCUGUGUUCUGCUGCUCUGGGAUGAAGAUGAUCUCCAGGAUCCUGCUGCUCCUCAUCCUCAGCUCAUGUCUCUGUGCAGCAACAUUUGUAGUGAAUGUGACACAGAGCAGCUAUCAGGCAGAGGAGAACCACAGCAUCACUCUGGAGUGGACCUUCACCACCAAGACUCAGGGAUCCUCCAGGAAUCUGUUCAUCUACUGCAGCUUGGUGGCUCCUCAUAAAGAAUCAGUUCUCUAUCAGGUCCAUGAAGGAGUUGAGAUUCCAGAUUCUCAGGAUGAACAGUUUUCAGGACGAGUCCAGAUUGACAAAGACGUCCUCAGAGAAGGACGAAUCAGACUCCAUGUGUCCAGACUGAGGACUGAAGACUCUGGUCUGUAUGUGUGUGAAGUGAAAACUGAAGAUGGUUCCAACAAUGCAGAAUGUCGACUCAACGUUAUUGAACCGAAGGAGGUUCUGAUACAUGCAAAGGUGGGAGACGACGUUAUUCUGCCAUGUCAUCUGGAGCCUCCAUUUGACGUGAAGAGUCUAAUAAUCGAAUGGAGAUUCCAGGGUCAAAUAAUACAUUUGCAUCACAGUGGAGCUAAAGAUGAUGUAAUUUCAGACCCAAAGUACCAGGGCAGAACCUCUAUGUUCCAUGAUGAGUUUAAAAAAGGAAACAUUUCCCUCAGAUUGAUCAAAGUAACCAAGGAGGAUGAAGGGAAUUAUACUUGUUUUGUUCCCAAACUGCAAAGUCAAGUCAGGAAGGGGAAAGUUACUCUAAAACUUGAUGGAAAUGGAGCCCAAGACAACUUGACUGAUACUGGAGGACCUCAACCUGGAGUUAUUGGUGGUGUUGUUGUUGGAGCACUCAUCAUCAUCCUCAUCUUCAUCACAUACUACGCUGUACGUCGCCACAGAGGUGAACAAAUUUUUCCAUGCUGGAACAACAAGUCUCAAAAUGAACAAGGGAGAAAUGAUGGAGAUCGCAGAGGAAAUGGCAAACCAAGGAGAUGGAGCUGAAGAAAGACCUUUACAGGACCUGGGAAAAUCAAACCAAAGUGUCUGAAUUCAUCAUCCUGACCUGAAAUCUCCUUCAUAUCACUUGUUGGUAUGAAAACUGUUACAUGUAUAGAACUGUGAAUAAUAAUGAAAAAACUGUAUGCUUUAAACCCAAUAGCAAGUCCUUCAUAUUAGAUCAAAGAUUUAAUAAUCUUUU